AAAGUCUGUGAUUGGUAUGUUGUUCUACGUAUGGCCAGUCUUGUAAUGAAACCUUUUUUAUGUUUUGUAGGUUUGAUUUAUUUUGAUAAUGUCUGUACUGUUGCAGUUGCAUUUGUUCACCUGGAAAUAAUGCACACAAUGUAAAGAGCUUUGCUUUUUGCAGCUGAGGUGGGGAGGAUAUGGGCAGUAACUGAUGGCAUCACAACUUAAAGCCCCUCCCAAGGAAGAAGACACGAUUAGGGUAACAAAGCUUGUGAACAAAUCAUACAUUGCAGUUUCUUUCAAAACCCACAAGAAACAGAGCUGUUUCUCAAGAUGACUGGUUUAAGACUCUCCGCCAUGCAGUAUCUCAUCCUGUCUGCUCUGCUCUUCCUGGGAAACACUCUGGUCUCUGAGGCGUCUGAGGUAACGGAGCCUGUGCUGUGGAAGGCCCCUCCAGACCACUCUGCCAGUGAAGAAAGCCCCUCACUUAAUGUCUCCAAAAAGCCCAUCCUCCAGCCCAAAGAAUCCGUUCCAGUGCUUGGGAAAUACAUCCUGGUAGACCCGCAGGCCGGAAUGUGUGCAAGGGCCUCUCUGGGAGUGGAGUUUAUAGUGAUAGACAACAAGAAGAAAUCAUUUUUCAACAUUGACCCCCGAUCCACUAGGGCAGAAGGUUCCUGUGGAGCUGUGAAGUGCGUUCUUUCACUCGUUUUUGAUGGAGGAAAACUGACCUUCACUUUCGUCAAGGAUGGUAGUGUUUCCUAUGUUAGCGAGCUGAAAGCCUCCUUGGAGCCAAAGCCUUCAUGUAAGACAUGCAAAAGCAAAACCUAUUCUGGUGUUAUGGACCAUGAGAAGCUCUUCUCAGUCAACAGUAACCAGAGUUUCACAUGCAAGUCUGGGACGUACCUUAUUCUGUCUGAAAGUCUCAGGAUUAAGCUUGUCCCUUUGCAGAUUCAAGCAUUUAACCUGCCCAAUGGAACAUUUGGAAAAGGAGAAGAGUGCUGGGCUGAUUACAACAAGCGGAUCCUCCCCAUCAUACUGGGUGCUGUAGCAGUGGGUCUCAUCCUCAUCAGUGUGCUGAUUUUUGUGUUGACUCGCGAUCGCCAUGGCGGCUACGAACCACUUUAAGGACUAUGAUGUGUACAUACAAUAUACUGUACAGUGAUGUGCAAAAAUCAUAAAACUUCUGAAAUAA